AUAGUAGCACCACAUAUUGCUUUGCAAAGGAAACAUCGGCUAAUCAAGGUCUUUUGACGAACCCUUGCACAAUGACGACGGUCAUUGAACAAUCAGUCGCUUAUUACAACGGCAAAGUUUACACCUUGAAUGGUUCCGGCCAGCUCGCCGAGGCGUUCAUUGUCACACUGCAAGGCACAUUUGCGAUGGUGGGAACAAGCGAUGAGGUCCUCCAAUUUGCGAAGGCUCAUGGCAUCAUCACGUACAAUCUUCAUGGUCGUUUUGUCAUGCCAGGAAUUCAUGAUGCGCACGUUCAUCUACUUUCCGCAGGCGUCUCGUAUCUGAGUGGUGUUAACCUAGCCUGUGAUACCACGAUAGAGAACAUUGGAAUGCGGAUCCAGGAAGGACAGUGUGCUUGUGCCUAUCAACAUGCCUUUCAGGACUGGGUUGUGGGCAAUAUCUCUACUAUUCCCGAUUUCGAUCGCGCCUCACUUGACAAAUAUUUCCCAGAUACACCGAUCAUGAUACAAGGAGGAGCUGGCCACAGUGCAUUUCUCAACACCGCUGGGCUAAGAAAGGCUGGCUAUGACGUUGACAACGAGCCGGAUGUUAACGGCGCCAAAUUCGGCCGUCAUCCUGACGGCAGUCUAACGGAAGAAUUAGGUGAACUGGCUAUGAAUAAGGCAAUGCUGGCGAAAGGGAACUCAAAUGUGGCCCACACAAAGCGAGCAAUCACUGAGGCAAUACAACGCUUGCAACGAGUGGGUGUGACCUCAUGUCAAGAGGCAGCAACUAACACUGUCAUUCUACAUGCUCUUCGUGAACUAGAUCGGGAUAAUGCUCUAAAACUCGAUAUUGCAGCACAUUCUGUUUACGCUCCCGAAUUUCUUGCCAAUGAGCGGCAAAGCUCACUGAAAGCAUUGAUUGACCAAGCUCCCAAACUCGCGACUAAACAUGUACGCACGAGCUUUGUUAAGAUUUUGCUCGACGGCCUGCCACCAUUGUUUUCAAGUGCUGGAAUAGACAGUGAUGGAAACAUUGAACUAGACAAAAUUCUUGUAGGUGAUGUUGUUGAGGUCGUCAAGCAAUCUGAUCAACGUGGUAUGACAGUCAAACUGCACGCGACUGGCCGAGGCAGCACAAGACUUGCUUUUGAGGCAAUAGCGGCAGCGAGAAAAGCCAAUACUAAAAAUGGGACAAUCAGACACGAGAUAGCCCACUGUAACGGCAUACACCCUGAUGACCUCCAACGCUUCAAAAAGCAUGGUGUUACUGCAGAGCUUUCUCCUGCGAUGUUCUUCGAUCAUCCUCUUACGCAAGCAAAUAAAGAAACCAUGAACUGGGAUAUCACUGACAAUAUCAUCACUAGGGAGUCUACAAUAGCAGUGGAAAAGUGCACUUCCCCAGAUGCAAAUGCAGACUUUGAUGUCAUCUGUUGUGGUAAGAUAAAGACUCACUCACAGCCUGUCGCCACUGAAGAUGAGCCGGACUGUGAAGUGUAA